ACAAUUUAAUAUAAAAUUUACUAAUUAAAUGAUGACGAACUUACAUAAAACAGACAUUAAUUACUUUUUGUAAUAAAAAGAUGUUCAAAUAACAACAAAAUAUUUCAACAAUGACUACAAUUUGACAACUCAAUAAACAAUUCGUAUAAUUAAUAUGUGAAUAUGCAAAUAAUUUUAAUUUAAUUUCACCUACAAAAUGUAGAGUCAUUUGCAUCAAUGUUUAUCGUGAUAGACAUUUAUUAGAGGGGUGCGUUAGUACAUAAAAACAAUUAAACUUUACAUAACGUAUUACAAAGGAUGAGACACUAGUUGAUAAGUUCAUUAUCGCGUGCAAUAGGGUCACUGGUGAUAGAGAGUGUCAAGACGGUGGAAGUCCGCCUCCGCAAUAAAUAUUUUCGUGAUUGUACCGUUACAAUUAAUUAGCAUCGUAUUUUAAUAAACAAUUACCAGUAAGUAGACUGUUAUGAAGAGCUAUUGUUGUCAUUUAUGACUGAUCUCUGCUGGGAACAAUAAAUAAAACAUUGCUAAUUAGUGCUAUUGACUUCUGGUUAAAUACUCUGUGGACUCGGCGAUAGUAGAUUGUUUUUUUUUGGACGUUCCUUGUUACAGCUUCUCAGUGGUACACUGUUGAAGCUUAUUUUUUGUCGCUUUUAGUGAAUAUAGCCCAUGUAAAAACAGGCAGCGUGGAGACCCCUUUUUUCUGGGGUAGAAGCUAAUGUCUUCAAUACAAGUCGUAUAUGUCACACUUCCACCGACUAAAAACACCGCAGGCCCUUCUGCUUAAGCCAGAGUAACGAAUCGCUCGCGCAUGCUCUGCGUGUCUGGCUGGCUAACUAUGAUACCAGCAUAAUCUUUAUCAUCAUCAUCAUCCACACCUCCCACUGCGGGGCGUAGGCCUCCCCCUUCUCAUGCCAAUUUGUACGGUCCUGUGCCAGCCUCAUCCAGACUCGAUCCGAAACUCUUGAUAUAAUCUGAAUAGCUCCUAGGUAUAUAAAAUACAAGAUUUGGAGUGACCAGCAUCGUACAUGCUUUCAGUUUCUUCUAACAUUCUAAACAGUAAUUAUGUCACCCUAUUUAAAACAUUACGGACUCUAACAUGACGUAGACGAUAUUAUAAUUAUUUGCUUACGUUAAACCUUGGCUGUACAUAACUCCUUACAAUUCCUUGGCCAGUUUUUUGACAUUGACGACUCUGUUACCUGGCAACGUAAUAAAAAUAAAACGUUGAUUUCGUAGGUUUUAAUUUUAAAGUAUUCAAGUUCAAAUAAAAGAUUAAUCUUUAACGAAAACAACCAGAUUAAAAUACCAAAGUUUCAAUUAAUAGUUCGUCAUUAACCAGUUUCAAAAACAGCCUCUGAAUUUGAGAUACACAGGUAUUGUUGAUCGGCCAGAUCCGGGAAACGAAAUUUGCUUUGAAGAGGUUGAGUUAAACGUAGUGUCCGAACUACAAGCAAAUACUGGCACAUUGGUAGCAGUAGCUACACGUCCAGGAUGAUAUCGGCGCGGCAGCGCAGCCUGCGCUCGCGCAUCGCCGAAGAGUUCUUCACGUACUGUGCCUUCUGCGUCGCAGUGUCCAUCUUACAAGUGUUGGCUUUUUCUUACGUUGUGGUGCGGGCUUGCAAGUGGCUCUGGCUGAAGCUGUUGUCAAGCAGAUACCCUCAUUUAGAGUUCAUAAGGACCGACACAGUACGUUCGUUACUAGACACGCAUAGAAACCAGGGUAUUAUUAAUGUACUGCUUUCUAUAAAAGGCACUUUCGAUCCGGAAGAAUUGAAGCACCAUGUCACAGAGCACGUGAUCAACAAACGCGAUAAGAAUGGUGACCUGAUGUUCCCUCGGCUGCGACACGUCUUGGUGUCUUGUUGGGGUAACUACGCGUGGGAUCGCCACGCCCCAUUCCGACCAGAGAACCACUUUGUGAUAACUGGCGCCGUAUACAGAGGGCGACAAGUCGGCGAGAAUAAUAUUCAGGAGUACGUCAGUGAAAUCGUCUCCAAGUAUCUGCCGAGUGACCAGUCUCCGUGGCAGUAUGUCAUAGUUUCCUGCGUCGGACCAGAACCUAAAUAUUAUGUGUUGGUCCGCGUACACCACCUCUUGCUCACAGGGAAGAAGUCCAUAAACAUCGGCGACCUUCUCUUACUGGAACAGCUGAACCCCUCGGACAGGAUCUCUGCACAGAAUGAAUUCGCGCAACAAAGUCCUUUAACGAAACUGUUCCCUACACCUUCAGCGAUCCCAGAGCUAUGGGGCAAGCUAAACGAAAACCUAUCCAACUCUUGGAACGAAUUCGUCUCUGAGUAUGAUCCGGUAGAAAGUCCUCGAGCCUUGAAAACUUUGCCAGGAGCCUUCCAUGUAGCUGGGUUGGUAUUAAUUGCCACAGUUAGUGCGUUAAGAGAACUCAAUAAGAAGUCUAACGGUAGAGACACAACCUCAGAAGCCCCAGUGACCGCCCUGACACUCUUAGCAGCAAUACAACGAGAAUGUAACCGAAGGAAUUUGACAAUACCAAAGAUUAUUUUAUCACCUCUUGUUACUGCUGAUCCGAGGAAGUGGCCUGGGCUGGUGUUCGGUGCCGCAUACACUUCUAUCCGGCAAUUCUUCACAAUGCCGCUGAAGAUACGCAACGAGAUAGUCGCGUUAAACGAGUUGAGGACUUGUGGUCACGUGAGGCAGCCGGACACUCUAACAUGGAAGUACACUGAACUGGCUCAGCUGUGUUUGGGGGCUUUUGGCGAGGUUCAACGAGGCGUGCUUGAGGUGUACCGCGCUCCUGCCAGACUGUGGACUGAUAUUGUUGGCGCUGAUGAUGGAAAGAGACAUCUGUUGCAGACUGUGUCGCUGUGUGGACGUAAAGUUACAGCUUGCUCCCGGCCGGUCCCACGUGCUGGUAUCGAGCGCGCGGCCCGUGCGCUGGCCGUAUCCCCCACGGACAUCGCCCUGUACGCCGCCACCGAGGCCCUCCGCGCCUUCUUCGAGCAGGCGCAGGCCCCGCCGCCCGACAUCGUGCUCAGCACCGCCCGCGCCGCUCACGAGGACUUCCUCUACACCUUCGCUGAGGGCAACGGCAAAACCUAUAAGAAGUCCCAAACUGGAGGAAUGGUAUGUUUACCUCUGGCUCUGGGUGCGAGUCCACGUCGAGUGUCUGCAGCAGUGGAACGCGCAUGUGAGCGCCAGCGGGCCCUGGCGGCGGGCUGGGCCGCGCAGGCGCGCUGCGGGGCGUUGACUCGCGCGCUGCCUUCACCACUCGCAAGACUUAUCCUUAACGUCGUGUCUCGCCGAUACGCGUUAUCUUAUGCAGAGAUUAACGCGCCGGUGAAUGCGCCAUCGCGACGAACUCUCUGGGGUCAUGACGUAGACGCUGUCGUGUACUGGCGCCCGCCACAGGCAAAUAUAAGUAUGUCACUGACGGUCAUUCAGUAUGCGGACACGGUACGUCUCGCAGUGAUGGCUGACGCGCGACUUGGACCAGCCCACACCAUCCCGGCCACACGUUGGCCCGCCGCUAUAGAACAGCUCGUCGCCAAAAUCGAUCAGGAAAUCGCCAAGAUAACCGCCAGAGCUAACCUAGCAGCUGGAACUGUGCCGGUUAUUAUUACUCCAGAAGAAUUGCCUAGUACAAGUACAGAUGUCGUACAAACGCCUGAAGAGGAGCAUGACUCGGGUAUUGACACAUUGAGGCCUCCAGCGACGGCGGUUGUUAGCCCGCCUCCAAUGCGACGUCGUAUAACCCACAACUGAGGAUUGCAGCUUAACACAAGCCAGGCAAAUUGUGCGUCGGCUCGGGACAAACGGUCGGCUUCGACUACUUAGCGAGGAGUGGUUGUGAUUCAGUGAGGGAAUUCCCUCUACGAGAUUGUAUAGGAGAUUGAAUGAUAACUUCUGAUUGGACGUAGACAACGUCAAGUUUUAGACUUAUUCGAAAUGACUGCUAGUUAUAAGUACUUAUAUUGUUAAUAAUGUGCUGUUUUAUGAUAGUUAACAUUUUCAGGGAUAUGGAAUGUACUUACUUCGAAGUAUAUGGUACCAAAGUCAUACUAACAAACUGUGAUCGUGGUGAUGUCAACUAUUGUCAAUUCAUUGUUGUAAUUAAAAAAAGUACAAA